AAUGCGCAGCUGUCAGAUUCGCAGCAUCGUCAGUGUGGUGAAGUGCGAGGAGUUGAAUGGCAAGAAAUCAGUGAUUUUGUGCAAGCGUUCUCAGUUUUCAUCACUUUUGCAGCAUCUCCAGCGCGAAUUUUGUGCGCUUUUCCCCUAAUUGCGGUGGCCACUGGUGUGCUUGAGUGUGUGUUGAUGCGAGAGGCGCUGGAAAUUCGCAAUUAUUUUGAUUGGUUUGCACUGUCGACGGAGUGACGGGAGAAGUGUGUGUUGUGUCGCAGGACUGGAAAGGAGAGCGAAGGCGGAUUUUCGGGGAAGAUAUAGAUUUCAGUGCCACAUGACAGCGAAGUAGAGCAGAAGUCGCGCAGAUAGACAAGGUUAAAAGACACGAGAGACAGAGAGGCAUUUUGAUCCCUUGGAACGUGACAACGCGAUGCAACAAGAAUGGGCUCGUUUCUAGAUAAACCAAAGACAGACAAGUACAAUGAGCACGGCGAGGGAAAUGGGCUGCGCUUUGGCGUGGGCUCCAUGCAGGGAUGGCGCUGUGAAAUGGAGGAUGCUCACUAUGCCAAGGCGGGCCUGGGCGGGCGUCUGAGCGACUGGAGUUUCUUCGCCGUAUUCGAUGGGCACGCGGGCGUGAAGGUGUCGGAGCACUGCGCGAAGCACCUGCUCGAGUGCAUCAUACAGACGGAGGAGUUUAAGCAGGAUGACUUCGUGAAGGGCAUCCACACUGGCUUCCUCAAGCUGGACGAGGUGAUGCGCGACCUGCCCGAGCUGGCGUCCGGCGCUGACAAGUCUGGAACGACGGCCGUGUGCACAUUCAUCUCGCCAGAUGAUAUUUACAUCGCCAACUGUGGCGAUUCGCGCGCCGUGCUCUGCCGCAACGGCGUGCCCAUCUUCACCACGCAGGACCACAAGCCAGUGCUGCCGGGCGAGAAGGAGCGCAUACAGAAUGCAGGUGGAUCGGUUGUGAUUCAACGCGUGAACGGGAGUCUGGCGGUGUCGCGGGCUCUGGGUGACUAUGAGUACAAAAACGUUAAGGAUCUGGGACAGUGUGAGCAGCUAGUGUCGCCCGAGCCGGAGAUAUUUCAUCACAAUCGCGAUCAAGCUGACAAUUUCCUCGUUCUCGCCUGCGACGGCGUUUGGGACGUCAUGAACAACGAUGAUGUGUGCAGUUUUAUCCACUCGCGACUCAAGAUCACCAGCAAUUUGGAGGAAGUGGCCAAUCAAGUCAUUGACACCUGCUUACACAAGGGAAGCCGUGACAAUAUGAGCAUAAUUAUAAUAGUAUUCCCGGGUGGACCGAGCCCAUCACAAGAAGCAAUCCAAGCGGAAACCGAACUCGAGGCCCAUCUAGAGAAAGCUAUUAAAGAAAUAAUAGAUUCUACACCUGGCCUGGACUACGAGAACCUACUGCAGCGUCUCUAUGAAGAACAUAUUCCUGGUUUACCCCCAGGCGGUGGAUUGCUGUCCAAGUGUAGAUUCAUAGCAAAAAUCUUCAAGCAGCAUUAUCCACAUUUGGCAGAAGUGACGUGCGAAGUGGGAUGUAUGUAAAGCGCGCCUUGAUUGGCAAUACACUUGCAUAUGAAUUUGGUAAUUGAAUCAUGCAUCAAGACAAGAGACAACACAAGAGAUUAGCACACGCCAGAGCGCGAUAAAAUGGGGGAGAGCAGAAGUUAGAGAAAGGACGAGAUUGUGAAGGAAAUUUGACUGGGAUGAUUUACUGUCUACACACUUUUUAGAUUGGUGAAAUAUUGAAUAAGAUGAGAUAAAUGAAAGUUACUUUAUAAGAUAAUGGAUUAUGUAGUGAGAUGAGAGAGAGAGGGUGAAAUUUUUUCUAUUGUAUUUGAGGAUGAGAAGAAAGGGAGAAGAAAAAAACAUCAUCAAUAACAACCUGUGAAAUGUAAAUGAAGAGAAAAAAAAAUUGUCGAUUUAGUAGAUUAGAGAGAUUGAGUGAAAAGAGAUGAUUGAAUUGUUGAAUAAAACACCAAAAACAAUGCAAUUGACUUCCUUCGCUAGUAAAAUCAAUGAUCCUCAGAAGAAGUAGAAAUCCUUUUUUUCUUUUUAGUAUUAAUGUUCACAAGAAAUUUGUAGGUCGCUCACGUAAUGAUUUUUUUUUAUAUCGACAAUGUUACCUUUAGUCUUUGUAUUCUCCGAAGAAAUUCUUUUGGGGCCACUCAAGUGUAUAUGUAAUUUUUCUAAUGAUUAAAUUGUAAUUUUUCAUACUUUGGCGAGUGUAUUGUUAAUUUUUUACCUCAUAUUUUAAUUAAUGGGAAAACCUCUACUUGAAUUCAGGUUUAAGAAGACACUUUCAUUGAGUGAAACUACGAAACUUUGUACACGGAAGAGGCUGUGUGUGACCAUAUUUUUGCAUAAUUUUCUCACGUGUGCGUGAUUUGCGCGUAAAAUAUGAAGGAGAAAGUAUGUGUCACACAAUAUCUUUAGAAUUUAUACCUUUAUUUUGUACAAUGAGCAAGCUAAAAUCUAUCUAAGAUAAGUUCUAAUCAUCAAAUCAAUUUGUUUUCUCAAUUCUGUAACGCCCAAACGUUUCACCAUUAAUUUAGGCAUUUUUUUUUCAUUUACUGUGACAAAUAUAUAUAAACAACAUCAGACACUUUUGACAUGCCUACAAAACACAGCUAAAGACAUCCUUUGUAAGUUUCAUAUUGAAUACAGACAAUAUUUUUACAUGAGAAGAACAAAUAAAUAUGUAAACUAAAUGAGAGGAAGUGAAAUUGCAGUGAAAAUGCGAGACAGACAAGGCAAAAAAACAGAGAUAAGAGAAAUAUAUUUAUAUUAAGUGAAGAGGGUGUAAAAGAAAUAUUGUAAGAAGUAGAAAUAAUGUGAAUAAUCAUGUAGUGUAAAGUUGAAUUCAUUAGAAAUUUCACCAAUAUAGUAAUUCAAAGGCAGAAAAGAAAACCAGAGAAAAGUUAUUCAUGUAAAAGAAACAAAAAAUAUCUGUAAAUUUAAAUUAAUGUGUAGCCAAUAAUUAUAAACAAGGAUAGGAAUAUGAAGAUAAAAAAAAAGAUUUAAUACAAAAUA